AUGGAACGCCCCUCCUUCACUGACCUGCCGACCGAGAUCCUCGAAGCCAUCUUCCUAAACCUCGACCCACGAUCCCUCGCAUCCGUUUCGCAAACCAACAAGCUCAUCAAGGAGCUCACCACUGAUGCGCCUAUCAUCUGGCGGCAUCUAUGCAAAACGCAAUUCAAAACAUGGGACUCUCGCCACAACAUCAUCGCCAAGUUUGCAGCCCCAUUAUCCGAUGUCGACUGGCGCGCGCUAUACAUGACGAAGCACACGAUCGAGCGUCGCACAAAAGAGUUGUUGAAUCAUAUCGUCACUAGUCAACAAGAGCGCAUACGGCGCAUCAACGACAUUGCAGAAUUUGGAUACGAUGCAAAGGAGACGUUACUGAAGGAAUGCGCAUGCCCUGACGAUGCAGAAGAUGUUCUGGCGAGACGAUACUACGCCAAUGCCGUACUAGAGCGCAUACAUCGCGAGGUCGCCAUCAAAGUGUGGACAGACUUGCAUGGCGGCAAAGACAUAUCGAUUGAGAGAGCCCUGGGCGCAUACGAUGUAUUUGCACGAGUUGGAGAAGACGUUGAUGUUGACGUGGUAGCUGAAGAUAUCACUGCACUAGCCAAUAGAUUGCUAGAAACAUAUCCUGGCUUCCGCAGCUGGAGUCCGCGAAAACAGGCUUCGACAUUGGCAUCCUACCUCCGUGAUCAAGGCUUUCAAGGUGUUACAGAGACGUCCUAUCGCGCUCUCCGAAAUUCCUUCAUCGGUCUUGUCAUACGCUCAGCGAAGCACGAUUCUCUUCCCCUCAUCUCGGUCGCCAUCUAUUGCGCAGUAGCACGACGGAUCGGCCUUGAUGCACGACCCUGUGGAUUUCUCUUCCACGUCUAUACCCUCGUCUACGCGCCCAAGAACUACAACCUCGACGGAGAAUACAAGCCAACAAGUUCGACGGAGCUAGAGUACAUGUACUUGGACCCAUUUCGGUCUUCAUCCGAAGUAAGACAAGGCGAUCUGCAGCGGGUCCUACGCGACAUGGGUGUUCCAAGCAGUGAACACCGAGGUUUUCUGGGCGACACCAAUACUCGAGAAAUGGUUAUACGUACCGCACGCAAUAUCAUGAACUCUGUGCAAACGAUCCGCGAAACUGAAGCUGGAAUGCACAGUAUCCAAGCUUCGUGGAUGAAUUCGCAGCCAGACAUGGACAAUGCUUUCUACGCAACAAUCUGGGCUAUGCUGCUGCUAGGACCCAAUGACGAUAAUCUUGCCGUAGGCCAUACGGCAAUCCGUCGGCGUCAAUAUCUGCCGUACCUGCUUGAGCAUUUCCAGAUGCACUACCCGUGGGACGUGACGUUACUAUCACGCUACGUCAUCCCCAUGUUCUACAAUCAGCCCGAGGGCCACCGACUGCUUCAAUUCGUGCAGAGUAUGCACCAAGUUGAUGCGGUGCGUAAGCCUGUGAUCCAUCGCUCCGAGCGCACGCAGAACGUUGCGUUCAAAGUAGGCCAAUUGUUCCAACACAAGCGUUACGGCUAUGAGGGCGUCAUCACAGGCUGGGAUGUUGUCUGUGACGCGAACGAGGAUUGGAUCCAGAACAUGCGUGUGGAUUCUCUGUCAAAUGGCAGGAAUCAAGCUUUCUAUCACGUACUUGUCUGUGACAAAUCUGUUCGCUACGUUGCGGCUGAAAAUAUUCAGCCUGUCAGCGAUGAUACAUACCCUUCAGUGGCUUUGCUGAAGCUGGCUGGUCGCCACUUCAAGCGCUGGGAUGAUGCAACCCAUUGUUUUGUUAGCAAUGUGCGUGACGAAUACCCGGAGGACUAG